AUGGAGCCGAGGGACCCAGAGGUCAAGUCACCACGUCAGCUGCGCACGUGCGCAGCCGCUUUACCUGACGGACCAGACAGCACACUCUGCGGCCCCGCCCUGGACCCUCUAGCGCCACUGAACCCCCCGCUCCGGGGGCCUCGGACUCCAGGCCUCAGGAGAUUCCUCUCCAGGGCCGAACCAGGACUUAGCCGUAGUUACCGCGGGACCUUCAGAUCCCCUCGACCACCUCCAAAGCCUGGCCAGGCUGAUGGGACUGGCGAAGAGUCUCUGCUCCUAGACAUUCAGAAACUGAAGGAAAAGGAGGACAUGCUGGACAAGGAGAUCUACCAAUUAAUAUCUGAAGGCUACAGCGUGGAUGAACUGGAGGACCACAUUGCCCAGCUCCAUGAGUACAAUGACAUCAAGGAUGUAGGGCAGAUGCUGCUGGGCAAACUAGCCAUCAUCCGAGGUGUCACCACCAAAGAGUUGUAUCCAGAAUUUGGUCUGGACAUGAAUGACUGAGCAGGAGUUUAUAGCCUCUCUUCCAUGGCCCAGAGGGACAAGCAAGUGUGGACAUGAGAAGCUGUGAGAGCCCAGCCAGCACACUUCCAAGGUUUCCAACAAGAACAUGCCAGAAGCCCUUUUCUAGAGAGCCCAAGGGGCUCUUGAGCUCAAGGGAUUCUCUUGCCUCAUCCUCUUUCUAGAGAAGAAUGGGGCAGGGAGGAAGGGAUGUUCCCAGUGAUACCUGUGUAGGGUAUAUAUUAUCUUAUUUGUCAAUAAACAUGUCUAUAUUCUGA